AGGCUAAAACAAAACUCUCAGUAGCUUAAAAUAGCUAUAUAGUUUCUUCCAUAGACAGGUGGCAAUUUAAUACUUCCAAACUCUGCUGGCAACUCUACUGCUGACGGACACUUUAAUAUAAACCGUUUAAGUUAAUAACACGCAACAAUGAAGGAAACCCUGCCGGCAUAACGUUACAGAGCGGUUGAUAGAAGAAAAGCUGAACAACAUGGAACGGCUGAAGCAGAUGGAGGAUGACUCUAUGUUCAAUAUGAGUGAUAGAAGAGAAUAUUCUUUUCCUCCACCUUUGCCCAUGACUUGUAAUGCAGAACCAUCAGAACUGUAUCAAAUAGUCCUGAGGCACAGUCAUCACCCACCUAUCCUCCAGACCAAAUCCUGGACACUAGCAGUUCCCUUUAAAGAGCAACGUUACCACCGAACUCCUAGUGAGUCUAUUGGAAAUAACUACAGUCCCCGGGCCCAGGACCUUAAGAUUAGUAAACUCCAGCACAGACGACACACUAUACGUCGUUCUUUAGCAAAACCAGGAGGGCCUUCAUCCACUCCACCUGGAAGGAGACAAGCAAUUACAACGAGAAGAAGGGAUGCAUCUCCUCAUGCUUCACUCUCACGUCAGCCAAGGCCUAGCUCGAGAAACGUUCGCACUCCCAGCAGCAGGCCCAUGAGUCCUAAAGAGCAGCUGGACAUCAUGUACAGCCAAGAGAAGAAGAUGAGGGUCGUACAGAAAGAACCUAAUGAGAAAGACUUAGAAAGGUAUAUGUACUACAUCACUGGUAUCCCCAGCUCUGUGCUGGCAUCCCCGCCACGCCCGAAGAAGACACAACCUCCAGUGACAGAGGAUAGUAGUAAACACCUUCAGAUUAUGAGGGCAAACAUGGAAGAAGAGGUCAAAAGAGAUUAUUACUUCAGCCUCAAGCAGAGCAUAGUGGACUACAUUCUGAUGGACCCAUCUGAGCGCUAUAGACUCUCCAUAUCUAAUGUCCCCAAGCCCUUUCCCAGGAGAGUGAUCCGUGCGCCAGUGCCCUGGGCAACUAGUUACAAGGAGGUGCACACAUGGCAAAGACUACAUCUUUUUACUGUCAGUCAGAUUAUGGUCUUUCUGCAGGAGGUUUGGCUAAACAGCUUCUCAUCAUUGAGAUUUGUUCGACUGGAGGACCUUUUCUCCACCAGCCUCCCCCUCCUGCCAUCUGAGUUUGAAGAGUUUGUCCAGAGACAGUGCCAAUCCACAAGAGAUGUACUGCUCCAAAAGUGGCUGCCUCAUUGUGCUUCAGUCUUUGACACCUUCAAGGACCUGUGGUUGCCCCUCAUACCCAAGAGUGAGCAGGAGGCUCCAGUUAGUGUCCAGGAGUUCUUCAGCUGUGUGGCUGCUCUCAUGUCCCAGCAGCUCCGAAGCUUGGUCAUAGAAUCAUUACAGGAUCUGUUAUAUUUCUUCACAAUACAUGAGGAUGGCAAUGACUUUGGUGAUGUGUUUGACGAGAUGAAGUAUGUUAAGCCUCAGGUGCUGCUGGUGAAGCUACAAGUGGCUGAGCCUCACAUUGGCUUUAGUCCAAGCUUUCAGGAAUGUUGGGAGCUCAUCCGACGAGCCUUCAUGGAAAUCAUCAAGAGUGCUGAGAAGCUCCCAAGGGUACAGUCUGUCACAAGUUUUAAUGAUGUUAUUGCCAUCUAUUUUAUAUUAUACAAUACACUUAUCUGUUUUUAUACAACAAACAUGAAUCAUUCCAUAUGCUUUGGCCAGGUGGAAUGUAACCUCUUUCCAGAUAUCACGAACUUGUACCUACGCACCGUCAGUCCUGAUGAGUCACUGGUUACAAACCUGAUCAACAAAGCCAAAGACGUUUUCUAUAAAAACACUGUGGGACCUACAAAGUAUUUGAAUGUGUAUCAAAAAUACAGCAAUCUACUGGACCAUACAGCAAAACAGGAGAUAUCAGCUUUUCUCAAAGAGAGGCACUCGUUAGAAGGAUUUACAAGGAAAAUUGAGAGCAUAAGUCACUUGUGGAGGGAGAUUGCCUCACUGCGUGUUACGGUGCCCCUGUCCAUGUUUUGUCUGUAUGCUGGCAAGCUGAAUGAUGACCUGUGUGACCGUGCUGAGAGGCUGAAAGACAAGAUCGUCAUGUUUGAAGUGGAAGAGAACCGAGAGCUCAACAAGGGGAUCUGUCAAAAGUAUGAGGAGAUUACAGAAACCGUCAGAGGCACCCCAGAAACCACGGAGGAGUUGGUGUCUCUAAACCAGUUCAUUAGAAAGAGCAGCGAUGUGACCAUUCACAAGCUGAUAGACGAGAUUGAUGAGGCAACAUACCGCCUCAGCUUCCUCCUGGACUAUGCCAUUCUACCAUCUGAUGACUUGAGGCUGAACUCCCGGGUUUUUAAUUGGCCUAUUCGGAUCCUUACUGAGCUUGAAGACGGCAAGACUCGUUUGGCCACCAUGAGAGAACAGGCUGAGGAAUAUCUCCAAACAAGGAUAUUCAACUUUGACCAGAGGCUGCAGGAUGUGGACAAAGAGAUACAUGCCUUUAGGAAGAAGGACGUGAUGAACAUGGAGGAGAUGAAGAACAAUGUGGGGAAUCUCUCUCAAAUUACUGCCAAUCUGGAGGAUGCUGUCAUUGAACUAGAGGAUAUCAACAAAGAGCAGACUUUGCUGGAGAAGGAACAGAGCCAAUUCCCUGUGCUCCAAACUCUGAUAGCUGACAAACAACCAUAUGAACAGCUCUGGAGCACAGCACUAAACUUUCAGAGCAUGUCAGAAGAGUGGAUGAAUGGUCCUUUCUGCAACCUGGAUGCUGAGAAAAUCUCUGAAGAGCUGGACAUCAUGUGGAGGACAAUGCAUAAACUGACGAAGACUUUAUCUAGUCUUCUUGGGCCUUGUCGGGUGGCCAACAGCUUUAAAAUCAAGAUAGACGAUUUUAAGCAGCACCUGCCCAUCCUGACAACCAUCUGUAACCCCGGCAUUAAAGACCGCCACUGGGAGACGAUUAGCAGCAUUGUGGGCUUUGCUGUCAAACCAGAUCCAAACAGCACACUGCUGAACAUGUUGGACCUGGGGCUUUCCAAGUUCUCUAAUAAGUUGGAGGAGAUUGGAGCGAUGGCUAGCAAGGAGUACUCUCUGGAAAAAUCCAUGGAGAAGAUGAGAAGUGAAUGGGCGGAGCUCCGGUUCUCGUUCACUCCAUACAGAGAUACAGGUACCAAUAUUGUGUCAGCAGUGGAUGACAUCCAAGUGCUUCUUGAUGACCACGUUAUUAAGACACAGACCAUGCGAGGUUCACCUUUCAUUAAGCCAAUAGAGACUGAAUGUAAGCAAUGGGAGGACAAGCUGCUGAGUAUGCAGGACAUACUAGACUCUAUGUUAAAGUGUCAGGCUACAUGGCUCUACCUUGAACCCAUCUUCAGCUCUGAAGACAUCAUUGCCCAGAUGCCUGAGGAGGGACGCAAGUUUGCCAUCGUGGACAGCUACUGGAAGAACAUCAUUGCUGAGGCGGUUAAGGAUACACGUGUACUGGUGGCUACAGAUCAGGCCAACAUGCUGCAACGGCUACAGGAAUCUAAUGUGUUUCUAGAUGACAUCCAAAAAGGCCUCAAUACCUACCUGGAAAAGAAGAGGCUCUAUUUCCCAAGGUUCUUCUUCCUGUCCAAUGACGAGCUGCUGGAGAUCCUGUCACAGACCAAAGACCCACUGUGUGUGCAGCCUCAUCUGAAGAAGUGCUUUGAGGGCAUAGCUAAGCUGGAGUUCACUGAGGACAUGGAGAUUGUUGGCAUGAUCAGCUCUGAGAAGGAGACUGUGACUUUCACAGAAAAGAUUUAUCCAGCUCAAGCCAAAGGUAUGGUAGAGAAGUGGCUGCUGCAGGUGGAGAACCUGAUGCUUAGGAGUGUUCGACAUGUCAUCCAUCAAGGAGUAAUGCAGUAUAGAGAGUUGCCCAGGAAGAAGUGGGUGUUGCAGUGGCCUGGCCAAGUGGUCAUUUGCGCCUCCUCCAUCUUUUGGACUACUGAAGUAUCUGAAGCCAUCCAAACCAACUCACUGCCUGCUUAUGUGGACACAUGCAAUGCUCAGAUUGCUGACAUUGUGGAGCUGGUGCGUGGGAAGCUGCCAGGAGGGGCAAGGAUGACCCUUGGUGCUCUAACUGUUAUAGAUGUUCAUGCUCGAGAUGUUGUGGCAAAACUGGCAGAGGACCGCAUCUCCUCACUGAAUGACUUUGCAUGGAUUUCUCAGCUGCGUUACUUCUGGGAGGAUGGAGAAGUGAUGCUGCGCAUGAUCACCACCUGCUUGAAAUAUGGCUAUGAAUAUCUGGGCAAUUCUCCUCGUCUUGUCAUUACACCACUUACUGACCGCUGCUACAGAACUCUCAUGGGGGCUUUGAAGUUGAACUUGGGGGGAGCUCCUGAGGGUCCUGCAGGAACCGGCAAGACUGAGACCACAAAAGAUCUGGCAAAAGCUUUGGCUAAACAGUGUGUGGUGUUCAACUGCUCUGAUGGUCUGGACUAUAAAGCCAUGAGUAAGUUCUUCAAAGGACUGGCUCAAUCUGGAGCUUGGGCCUGCUUUGAUGAGUUCAAUCGUAUUGAGGUGGAGGUGCUUUCUGUGGUGGCUCAGCAGGUCCUCUGCAUACAACAGGCCGUUGCCAAGAAUCUGAAGACCUUCCUGUUUGAGGGGACAGAGCUGUCACUCAACCCAACCUGCUCUGUGUUCAUCACAAUGAACCCUGGUUAUGCUGGCAGGGCCGAGCUCCCUGACAACUUAAAGGCUCUUUUCCGUACAGUGGCUAUGAUGGUGCCAGACUAUGGUCUCAUUGGAGAAAUCUCUUUAUACUCUAUGGGCUUCAUUGAAUCUCGCAGUCUGGCCCAGAAGAUUGUGGCCACCUACCGUUUGUGCUCCGAGCAGCUGUCUUCCCAACACCACUAUGAUUACGGUAUGCGAGCUGUGAAGUCUGUGCUGACUGCAGCAGGGAAUCUGAAGCUGAAUUAUCCCCAGGAGAACGAGAGUGUGCUGUUGCUUCGGGCGCUGAUGGACGUCAACAUGGCCAAGUUUCUAUCACAGGAUGUCCCACUGUUUCAGGGUAUCAUCUCUGAUUUAUUCCCUGGCGUGGUCCUUCCAAAACCAGACUAUGAACUCCUCCUCAAGGCUCUUAAUGACAACAUCGCUAAGCUCAACCUCCAGUCAGUCCCAUGGUUCAUCGGCAAAAUCAUACAGGUGUAUGAGAUGAUGUUGGUACGCCAUGGUUUCAUGAUAGUAGGAGACCCUCUAGGAGGAAAGACUUCUGCAUAUAAAGUUCUUGCUGCUGCCCUUGGAGAUCUUUAUAAAGCCAAGCUGAUGGAGGAGUUUGCAGUGAAUUACUGUAUCAUCAACCCAAAGGCCAUCACCAUGGGUCAGCUGUAUGGCUGCUUUGAUCCAGUCAGCCAUGAGUGGUCUGAUGGUGUGCUGGCCACUACCUACAGGGAUCAGGCCAUCUCCACCUCAGAAAAUCGACAGUGGAUCAUCUUUGAUGGGCCCAUUGAUGCUGUCUGGAUUGAGAACAUGAAUACUGUGCUGGAUGACAACAAGAAGCUAUGUCUGAUGAGUGGUGAGAUCAUCCAGAUGAGUAGUAAGAUGAGUCUGAUCUUUGAACCUGCUGACCUGGAGCAAGCCUCUCCAGCAACCGUCAGUAGGUGUGGUAUGAUCUACAUGGAACCUCAGCAGCUGGGCUGGUCUCCUCUCAGAGAUUCUUACAUGAACACACUGCCUGACAGUCUGAGCACUGAACAUAGAGAACUGAUAAUGGACCUGUUUGAUUGGCUAGUUCAGCCCUGUCUGGACUUUGUUGACAACGAGUGUCGAUAUAUAGUUCAAACAUCUCCCAUUCACUUGGCCUACAGUCUAAUGAAGUUGUACACUUGCCUGAUGGAUGAAAUUUCUGCAUCAGGAGCUGAUGGCACCCAGAUGUCCAGCCAGCAGAUAACCAUGUGGCUGCAGGGUCUGUUCCUGUUUGCAGUUGUAUGGACUCUGGGUGGGACCAUCACUGGGGACAGUCGUAAGAAGUUUGACGUCUUCUAUCGCAAUCUGAUCAUGGGCAUGGACGAUGAGCACCCUCGGCCUAAGAGUAUCAAACUCAAAAAGAACAACCUCUUCCCUGAGAGAGGCUCUAUCUAUGAUUAUUACUUUCACAAGGAUGGACAAGGACAGUGGAAUGCAUGGACUGAUUCAAUUACAAAUGAAGAAAACACAAUUCCAGCUGCAGCCAAUGUGUCUGAUCUCAUCAUCCCUACCAUGGAGACAGCACGUCAGCUUUUUUUCCUGCGCACCUACCUGGCACAUGAAAUACCGAUGCUGUUUGUUGGGCCCACUGGCACUGGCAAAUCUGUCAUCAACAAAAGCUUCUUGGUAAAGCUGCCUAAAGAGCAGUACACACCAAACUGUAUCAACUUCUCAGCCCGAACAUCAGCGAAUCAGACACAAGAGAUCAUCAUGGCCAAGCUAGACAGAAGAAGGAAGGGUGUGUUCGGACCUCCUGUGGGAAAGAAGUGUAUCGUCUAUGUUGAUGAUCUGAACAUGCCAGCUAAAGAAAUCUAUGGCGCCCAACCCCCAAUUGAGCUGUUAAGGCAGUGGAUUGACCAUAGUCACUGGUAUGACAACAAGGACACCUCCAGACUAAACAUAGUGGAUGUGCUGUUUAUGUCUGCAAUGGGGCCUCCUGGUGGUGGGAAAAAUGACAUUACAGGCCGCUUCACCCGCCACUUGAAUAUCAUCACGAUUGAUUCCUUUGAUGAUGAAACACUGACCAAAAUAUUCAGCUCCAUUACUGACUGGCACUUCAACAAAGGCUUUGAUGCCUCAUUCUACAGACAAGGCAAGAUCAUGGUCCAGGCCACCAUGGCAGUCUAUAAGGAUACCAUGGACAGCUUCCUUCCCACCCCGUCUAAGUCUCACUACAUCUUCAACCUGCGGGACUUUGCUCGAGUGAUACGGGGCGUGCUCCUGGCUCCAUAUACACACAUGCAGGAUGGAGACAAACUGAUUCGCCUGUGGAUCCAUGAGGUCUACCGGGUUUUUUGUGACAGACUCAUUGACAAUGAUGACAAGGAGACAUUCUUUGGUAUCGUCAAAGAAAGAACCUCAAACUUCUUUAAGCAGAGUGUGGAAAAGCUUCUGAGCCAUCUUAGCCCAGAUGGCAAGGUAGCGGAUGAGAGCAUCCGUAGCUUGUUCUUCGGUGACUAUGCCAAGCCUGAUUCUGAUACUAGGGCCUAUGAUGAAAUCACAGACUUGUGCGCCUUACAAGAAGUGAUGGAGUUCUACCUUGACGAAUACAACAACUGCAGCAAGGCACCAAUGUCCCUUGUAAUGUUCAAAUUUGCCAUUGAGCACAUUUCCCGCAUUUGUCGCGUGCUGAAACAAGACAAUGGCCACCUUCUGCUCGUUGGCAUUGGCGGUUCAGGGCGUCAGAGCACCACUAAGCUCGGCACCUUCAUCAAUGAUUACGUCCUGUUCCAAAUCGAGUUGACGAAGAACUACAGCAUGUCUGACUGGCGUGAUGACCUGAAGCGGAUUAUGCUUAAAGCAGGCAUCGAGGGAAAGAGCCUUGUGUUCCUGUUCAAUGACAGCCAAAUUAAGGAUGAGGCCAUGUUAGAAGACAUCAACAUGCUGCUUAACACCGGUGAUGUGCCGAACAUCUUUGCUGCCGAUGAACGUGCUGACAUCAUUGAUAAAGUGCAGGGAAUCGCUCGGCUUGAGGGCAAAAAGAUUGAUGCCACUCCACUCUCAAUGUACAACUUCUUCAUUGACCGUGUGAAGGCCAACCUACACAUUGUGCUAGCCAUGAGUCCUAUUGGUGAUGCAUUUAGGAACCGUCUGAGGAUGUUCCCUUCCCUCAUCAACUGCUGCACCAUUGACUGGUUCCAUGCUUGGCCAAAUGAUGCUCUGGAGAUGGUGGCCCACAAGUUUCUAGAGGAUGUGGAAAUGGACAGUGAUAUCAGACUGGAGGUGGUGGAGAUGUGCAAGACCUUCCAGACAAGUGUCAGAGAGAUGUCUGAAAGGUACUUCUCAAGACUGAGGAGACACAACUAUGUCACGCCCACCUCCUACCUUGAACUCAUCCUUACCUUCAAGACUCUGCUCAAUGUCAAGAGGAAUGAAGUGGACACAGCAAGGAACCGCUAUAUUGUUGGUCUCCAGAAACUAGAGUUUGCUGCAUCUCAGGUGUCAGUAAUGCAGGAGGAGCUGACAGCCUUGCAGCCAGAGCUCAUCCAGACCUCAGCUGAGACAGAUAAGAUGAUGGUUAACAUAGAGGGGGAAACAGUGGAGGUGGACGCUAAGAAAGAACUUGUGUCUGCUGAUGAAAAAGUGGCUAAUGAUGCAGCAGCUGCAGCCAAGGCCAUUAAGGAUGAGUGUGAGGGAGAUUUGGCAGAAGCAAUGCCUGCAUUGGAGGCUGCCCUGUCAGCCUUGGACACGUUAAAACCUUCAGACAUUACAGUAGUGAAGUCUAUGCAGAACCCACCUGGUUUAGUCAAACUAGUCAUGGAGUCUAUCUGUAUCAUGAAGGGCAUAAAACCUGAAAGAAAACCUGAUCCGAGUGGCUCAGGUAAGAUGGUUGAGGACUUCUGGGGACCCUCAAAGAAGCUCCUUGGAGACCUGAAGUUUUUGGAAAGCCUCAAGGCCUACGACAGAGACAACAUUCCUGCCCCGCACAUAAAGAAAAUCAGAGACAAGUUUAUUGACAACCCUGAAUUCCAGCCCUCUAUCAUUAAAAAUGUCUCCUCAGCUUGUGAGGGUCUCUGUAAAUGGGUGCGAGCGAUGGAAGUGUACGAGCGUGUAGCCAAAGUGGUAGCCCCCAAGAAGGAGAGACUGAAGCUGGCUGAGGAUGAGCUGGCUGUACAGAUGGAAAUGUUGUCGGUGAAAAGAGCUGAGCUGAAAAAAGUUGUGGACAGACUGCAGAGCCUGAAUGAUGACUUGGCAGCCAUGAUUAACAAGAAGAAAGAUCUGGAGGACAACAUUGAAUUGUGUUCUCAAAAGCUGAUCAGGGCAGAAAAGCUGAUAGGAGGACUGGGUGGGGAGAAGGACAGGUGGACAGAGGCUGCAAGACAACUCGGGAUUAGAUACAUCAACCUGACAGGUGACAUACUCCUCUCUGCAGGAACUGUGUCUUACCUUGGGGCAUUUACAGUAGACUACCGUAUCGAGUGCCAGGAACAGUGGCAUGUCCUGUGCAAGGAGAAGAAAAUCCCCUGCUCUGAGGACUUAACCCUCAGCAACACUCUGGGUAACCAGGUAGCCAUCAGGGCGUGGCAGAUUGCAGGACUGCCAGUGGACUCCUUCUCCACUGACAACGGUAUCAUUGUCUUUAACUCCCGCCGGUGGCCCCUAAUGAUCGACCCUCAAGGUCAAGCCAACAAGUGGAUCAAGAACAUGGAGAAGGCGAAUAAACUUGCCGUCAUCAAACUGUCUGAUGGAAACUAUGUGAGAAUCUUGGAGAACUGUAUCCAGUUUGGGACCCCAGUCCUUUUGGAGAACAUUGGAGAGGAACUUGAUCCGGUACUUGAACCAGUAUUGCUGAAACAGACUUUCAAACAGCAGGGUGUGGAAUACAUGAAAAUAGGGGAGAAUAUUGUUGAAUAUUCUAAAGACUUUUUAUUCUACAUGACUACUGGGCUAAGGAACCCUCACUACCUCCCAGAGGUGGCUGUCAAAGUCUGUCUGCUGAACUUCAUGAUCACACCACAAGGCCUGCAGGACCAGCUUUUAGGGAUUGUAGCAGCCAAAGAGAAGCCUGAGCUGGAAGAGAAGAAGAACCAGCUCAUUCUUGAGAGUGCUGCCAACAACAAGCAGCUGAAAGAAAUUGAGGAUAAGAUAUUACAAGUGCUUUCCUCCUCUGAAGGGAACAUCCUGGAGGAUGAGACCGCCAUUAAGAUCUUAUCUUCCUCCAAAAUCCUCUCAGAGAAAAUCUCAAAGAAGCAAAAGAUUGCCAGUGUCACUGAGAAAGAGAUUGAUGACACUCGCAUGGGUUACCGUCCUGUGGCUGAGCACUCCUCAAUUUUGUUUUUCUGUAUCUCAGAAUUGGCCAACAUCGAGCCUAUGUACCAGUACUCUCUGACCUGGUUCAUCAACCUCUACCUGUAUUCCAUCGCCCAGAGCUUGAAGAGCGAUGAUGUAGCAGAAAGGAUCGACAACAUUGUUGAGCACUUUACCCUCAGUAUCUACAAUAAUGUGUGCCGUUCCCUUUUUGAGAAGGAUAAGCUGCUUUUCUCCCUGCUGCUCACUGUAGGCAUCAUGCAGGGUAAGGGCCAGGUUGACGACCAAGUCUGGCGCUUCCUUUUAACAGGUGGCAUCGCUUUGGAUAACCCUUACCCCAACCCUGCUCCGGAGUGGCUGUCUGACAAAUCCUGGUCUGAAAUCGUCAGGGCGUCUAAACUUCCAAACCUGGAUGGUUUCCUUGAACAUGUUCAAGAUAACGUCUCAAAAUGGAAGAAGAUCUAUGACUCAGGAAAGCCCCAUAAGGACCAGUUACCUGACUGCUGGAGUGAUUUGGUGGGGUUGGACAAAAUGAUAGUAAUCAGGUGCUUUAGGCCAGAUAAAAUGGUUCCUGCAGUGCAGGAUUUCAUAGUAGAUAACAUGGGACAGGCUUACAUUGAACCACCCACCUUUGACCUGGCAGGGAGCUACAAAGACUCCAACUGCUGCUCUCCUCUCAUCUUUGUGUUGUCACCAGGAUCUGACCCAACUGCAGGUCUGCUGAAGUUUGCUGAUGACGUAGAAAUGGGGGGCAGUAAGACCCAGACCAUUUCUCUCGGACAGGGACAAGGACCCAUAGCAGCCCAAAUGAUUGACAAAGCCAUCAAAGAGGGCACCUGGGUGGUACUGCAGAACUGCCACCUGGCCACCAGCUGGAUGCCUGCUCUGGAGAGGAUCUGUGAGGAAACCAUCACCCCAGAGAACACACAUCCUAACUUUAGGUUGUGGUUAACCAGUUAUCCAUCUGACAAGUUCCCAGUCAGCAUCCUGCAGAAUGGACUGAAGAUGACCAAUGAGCCUCCUAAAGGAAUAAGGGCUAACCUGUUGCGCUCCUACCUGAGUCACCCCAUCUCUGACCCUGCCUUCUUCGGCAGCUCCAAUAAACAGGUCAUUUGGCAGAAGUUCCUGUUUGGUCUCAGCUUCUUCCACGCUCUAGUUCAGGAGAGGAGGAACUUUGGACCUCUGGGUUGGAAUAUUCCAUAUGAGUUCAAUGAGUCUGACCUGAGGAUCAGUAUGAGGCAGAUCCAGAUGUUCCUGGAGGAGUAUGAUGAGAUUCCACUGGAGGCCCUCUCAUACCUUACAGGUGAGUGCAACUACGGCGGCAGGGUGACAGAUGACAAAGACAGGCGUCUGUUGCUGUCGCUUCUGUCCAUCUUCUACAGUUGGGACCUGAUAGAGCAGGAGUGCUACCACCUGUGUGAGGGAGAUCUGUAUUAUGUCCCAGCUCAUGGCCCCUAUCAGACAUACGUUAACUAUAUACGCAGUCUUCCAAUUUGUGCCGAUCCUUGUGUGUUCGGACUUCAUAGCAACGCUGACAUCACCAAGGAUAACCAAGAGACCAAUCAGCUCCUGGAUGGAGUACUGCUGACUCUGCCAAGGCAGACGGGGGGCGGGGCCAAGUCUCCUCAGGAAGUAGUAGAUGAGCUUGCAGAAGACAUCCUGUCUAAGCUGCCAGCAGACUUUGACAUACAAAUGGUGAUGGAUAUAUACCCAGUCAUGUAUGAGGAGUCCAUGAAUACUGUUUUGAGGCAAGAAAUCAUCCGCUUUAACAGACUUACUCAUGUGGUGCGUGUCAGCUUGGUAAACAUCCGCAAAGCUCUCAAGGGCCAGAUCGUUAUGUCUGCCGAACUGGAGAACGUCUUCAACAGCAUGCUGGUGGGCAAGGUGCCCGCUAUGUGGGCAGCCAAGUCUUACCCCUCUCUCAAACCUAUGGGGAGCUACGUGACUGAUCUUUUAGCCAGGCUGCAGUUUCUACAAGAUUGGAUAGAUAAUGGCCCACCUACAGUCUUCUGGGUCUCUGGCUUCUACUUCACACAGUCAUUUCUUACUGGAGUGGCUCAGAAUUUUGCCAGGAAGUACACCAUCCCUAUUGACUACAUUGGCUUUGAAUUUGAGGUAACCAAAGAGGAGACCCAUAUGGAUGAGAAGCCAGAGGACGGGGCCUAUGUUAAGGGUCUUUUCAUGGAAGGGGCACGCUGGGACAGAGAGAACAUGGUCAUUGGAGAAUCCCUCCCUAAGAUCCUUUUUGACUCUUUACCCAUCAUCAAGCUCAAACCAGGAGAAAUGGCCAAGUUCCAACAUGAAAACAUCUAUGUUUGUCCUGUUUACAAAACCAGCGCCCGCAGAGGGACUUUAUCCACCACUGGCCACUCCACCAACUUCGUCAUGUCCAUCGAGCUGCCGUCUGACAAGCCGCAGAAACACUGGAUUAACCGCGGGGUGGCUUGCCUCUGCCAGCUGGAUGACUAAGAACGAUCAUCCAGUGAUUUGAUAUUUUGAACUAUUAAAAGAAACUAUAUACCAAAGAAAGUUCCUGUGUUUGUAUGCCAAAGGCUAAAGUAACACAGGCGUAAGCUUAACCGUGAAUAUGUUCUAAAGCUUGGUUGUAAGUAUAUACGGGCUAGCGUGACCACAAUCGGCAACCUUAUUUUUCAUAUCGGAUGACAGUGAAAUCUUAUGGUAAUAUUUUGUCUUGAAAAGGACACAAUUGUUGCAUAUCCAGCAUUUAUUGUUGCAGUCAAUUACUGUCCAGAUUUCAAGUGAUUCAUUGUGUGAACUUGGAGAAGACAACAACUCAAACAAAUGUCAUAUUUAUAUAUUUCAUACUAAUUCUGGUUAAAGGGACUUAUAAUAUUAACAAGCUAGUACUUAUAUGUAUUUGCACUAUGAUGCACUUUACAUUUCUAUAUAUACAUGGUUAUCUUAAGACAGAAUGGGUUUUGGGUUAUUGCAGAAAUGUAUCACUUGAUAAUAAACUCAAC